UAAUAAUCGAAUAAACAUUCUGCUGACGAUGGAUUCUGCAGCAUCUAUUACCUUGAACAGAAGUGGUGACACCUCGAUUCUGACGCCAAUCAAGCCAAGACUAGGUCAAUUUGGUGAUGUUUAUUCUCCUGAACAUCUGAACUUGACACCCAGACCUAGAAAUAAAAUUAGCCUUAGUGAAGUUGGGAAUGAAAAUCAAAAUUAUUUUACUCCUAAUAAGUUGACAGAAUUUGAUUAUAAAUGCAGGACUGUAAAGCCCUAUGCCCAUUUCUGCAAUGUAUAUGCCAACUGUUCAUUUGAGGGCAACCAGAGCUUUCCACGUUUGAGGCGUCGCCUGCACCCCAUUAGGAUGGAGUUGGAGACUCCUACCAAAGUCAAGGCUGCUGCUGACAUUGUUAGAGUGGAUGGACCAAAUGGACUCCGCUUCAACACCUCUCUUGCAUCGGUUGACGUUGCCGGUUCGCCUGCACAGUCCCAGAGCGACCGUUUGCAGCAAACUGUUAACCCUAGCAAAGCAGUUUUCACUAUCGAACCUAACACUUCUAAGAUCCUCAUAGUAAACAAUAAAGCGUGUUCACUCCUGGGCUACUCAUCGGGCGAACUGUGCGGACUUCGUUUCUCCGACCUGCUCAGAUGCAGGAGUGCCAGGACAUUCAGUUUGCACGAGCCUGAAGAUGGGGACACUGCGGAGGAUGGAACUGUUGUAUUACUUAGUGGAAAGGUAGUAGAACUAUUAUCAAAAGACGGUCGAUUAGUGCAAGUGUCAUUAUGGAUCAGGCAGCUCGACAACGACGGGCCUUGUUUAGUGGUAGCGGAGCCAGUUAGCUGUAAGAACGUUGUUUUAACAAUAGACGCAGAGUCUGGUUUGAUAGUAGCCUGUGACAGCGACGACGCGGCUCUGCUUUUCCAGGCAGAAUCGCGCGACAAAUUAAUCGGACUGCCAAUCGCAUCGCUUAUACCUUCAAUACAAAUACCUUAUGAUACUCUGUUAGCUAAAAAUGUUUCCAAACAGAAAGCUACAGGAAGAACUUUAGAUGGUGGAUCGUUCCCCCUAUGUUUAUGGAUAACAAAACCUGAAAGCAGUGAAAGCACAACGUGGAUAAAUAUGAAAGUACCCAAGGACAGACCAGUUUUUGACGUUAACGUCAGGGUGACGUACAAUGUCAGCGGUCUUCUAGUAGUAGACGACAACGGUAUAAUAACAGCCUGCAACCACCACUUCGCCAUGCUGACCUUCGGCAAGCCACACUCGGAAGUGAUUGGUUAUUACAUUGAAGACGUGAUACCGAACUUUUGCAGAGAAGUCGAUAUGGUGAAAGUUAACGAACGGAAUAGAAAUAUGACCCUUUCACCUGUUAAUAAUGAGAAUGAUGGUUCCGCGUCAGACACAGACGAAGAUUCGUGCGGAGCUUUCAACGGCAGUCAAAAAUCAGCCUGCAUGUCACUUAAUGUACAAGCCUCUUUACUCUCCACUACACGAGAGAAAUCUUCCAGUGCCCUCUGCCUGGACAAGUCGUGCAGUCUUGUCACCCAUACACCCACGCCCACACAAGACAUGGUCUCAAGUAUAAGCACAACGGAACAAAGAAACGAUGUAUCUGCGUUGCCCGACGUUACAUCAGGCAUGUCCGGUAUUUCGAUAGACGAAGAGAACUUUUGCCAUAGUAGUAUAUCUAAAUCUCGCUCGGAAAACAUACUGCGAUCGGAGCAUAGUAAUGUUAAACAAUUUAAGAAUAACGAGAAAUCUGAUUCUAUUUAUUAUACAUCUCAGCAUUCGCAAGAAGUUACGCCAACUGGUAGUACACCUAGAGUAAGAACAAAUGAUCCAUCGUUGCGAUUGUCUUUUGAUUCUAGUAAAUAUAGGUCUUUGAAGGCACAAUUAAAAGACGAUAAGAGCAGUCUGUCUCUCGAUUUCUGUGACUCUAAUGAGACUAGUGCUGAUUUUCUUACGCCCAUUAAUGAAAUGCCGCCACCCGGUUGCGAGAUCGAAGACUUACCGAGACAUAAUGGGAAUGAAAGCGUCGAUAGUUUGAGUAAUGAUAUCGAUUUGGAAACUCAGACGGAAUCUGCGCCAAGGAAGAAAUACGAUGAAGACGCACCGGAAUCGUCUGUAGCCAUCCGCCUUCUUCGUAACCUAAAAACCUCUACACCUCAACGUUCGCGGAACAGCAAGUCAGAGCAAUGUGAAUGUACCACCACAGCGGACUGUCAACACAGAGACGGCACCUACAGAGGCCGCGUGAUGCAUAAGGAUGGAACUGAACUCAAUGUCCUAUACACUGUAUCGACUAUGCAACUUACUAACGGAUGUAGAGUACGCUGCGUAUGGCUAGGCGUACAGCUAGAAGAUGGACCGAGGCAUACUACUCUCGCAUCAAGCGUUGCUUCUACGGCUGACAACUCACUUGCAUUGGGCAACAAAUCUGCUAGUAGCCGACCGCACUCUAUGUCUAUAGUUAGCCAAUGUGGUGAGGAACAAGUAGCCGGGGACUACAGUAAACACUAUGUAACUCUGAAGCAAAUUGGCAAAGGCGCCUAUGGCUGCGUAAAAAUGGCGUACCGACGUUCAGAUCGGCUGCUCACAGUGGCCAAGUUCAUUCUGAAGGAGAAAGUGGGCUCGCAGUUCUGGGUUGAUGGGCCUGAUGGCAGAAGAGUACCUUUGGAGCUUAGUCUGCUACUUACUUUGAAGCAUCCUAAUAUUGUGAGCGUAGUGGACGUGUUCGAGAAUGACAAGUACUUCCAAAUGGUGAUGGAGAAACACGGCGCCGGUAUGGACUUGUUUGAGUUCAUUGAACGACGGCCGAGACUCGACGAGCCGCUGCUUAGCCUUAUUUUUAGACAGAUAGGACAAGCAGUAGAAUACCUCCACUCUUUGAACAUACUGCACCGUGAUAUCAAAGACGAAAACGUGAUUAUAGACAACAAGUUCCACGUGAAACUAAUCGACUUUGGCUCGGCCACCUUCAUGAGCAAGGAUACUCUCUUCUCCACUUUCUAUGGCACUACGGAGUACUGUAGCCCUGAAGUCCUGGCUGGAAAUAAAUACGCAGGCCCGGAGUUAGAGAUGUGGUCAAUGGGGAUAACGCUGUACGUGCUCACGUUCUUCGUUAACCCGUUUUCGGACAUUGAAGACACCAUUCAGGGCCCAUUAACCUUCCCGCAAGUUGUGUCUGAAGAUUUAGAACAACUCCUGCGCUGGAUGCUGUGCAAAGAACCAGCACACCGAUGUACAGUGCCGCAACUGAUGGCUCACCCGUGGAUUCGACAACCUGUACCUAUCGCAAACUAUAUAUUCCACGAAAUUGUAGAUUGCGAUCGGCAUGAAGCUAACCCAGAGAUGUACUACACCGGCAGAUCGCCACGUAGCAACUCUCCUGAAGCUCUAGCGAAGGAACGUUCAAAUCCAUCUGAAGUUGCAGUCCGUUCGGAAGGGAAGAACAUAUCUCGGGAUGAGCCGAAACGAAAUUCGUUAGCUCUACAUGCUCUGUCCACCGCUGACCGAGACGCGCAGUCUGACAACUACAGUCUUCGCUCUUCAGCUGAUAUACUAGACAUAUCAUCGAAACCGGUAUCGGAAGCGGCCCUCACGGAUAUAAGUUCCGACGCGACUGGCCAUGCGGCUUGCGAUAUCGACUACGAUUGCGACCAAUACGAGUGCGACAGCUGGGACGAGUGCGAGCAGGACAGCUUCUCGUAAACCCGCGAUAGCGUGAGACAAACUGACAGAGUGCAACUUAAAUUAGCGCGAAGUUCCGAGGAAAGUGUAUUGUGGUAUAGUAAAUUUUGACAACAGUAGUGUUCCUUUUUUUACUAUUAAUUUGAAAAAGAGAACACUAUAUUUGAUAUGAUUUACUAUAUUGUCUACUAAUGUUGUAUUUUCAUCUAACUGACCGAAAGAGCAGCACUUAGAGGACAGUCGUAAAAUAAUAUUGAUGCAUCCAUUACUCGCCACGUGCUUUGUACACGUAAAUGGAUGCAUAUAAAAAAUUUUAAAGCAUAAUUUUAAAAGAAUGCAAUUAUUUUUCCUUUAAACAUAUCCCUAAUUAUGUAACGUCUUAUUUAUUUCAAAAUGUGAUGUGUAUUUAUUGUCAUGAUUGUUUAUAUGUGUGAAGGGAGUGAACAGAGAGAGAGGGAGUGAGUAACAGAGACGAAUGGAUGAAGAAAACAUACUGCGCCAAACCGAAAUAACGGAAAUUAGGGCAGGAUAAUGAUGCAAAUGACCAAAUGUCCUUUUAAUUUAAUAGAAAUUACCUAUUUAUUAUUGCCACGUAUAUGUAGGUUUUAUUUUUAGUACAAUAGGUUAUACUACACAUUCUAUCUGUAUGUAGGUAGAUAGCUUCUAACCAGGGUCUUAAACAAUUGCUUAUGAAUUCUGCAUUUAUUAUACAACUUUACUAACAUUUUUUAAUAAAAUACAUGUCUUAAACUCUCUUUUAGGGAAGCGGCAACA